GUUUGAGACGCGUUUGAGUGUUGAGCUUAAGCCUAGUUUCGACGUCGAGGUUUUUGAAAACUUUCUCGCGUGAGGCUUCGACGUCGUGUCGUCAGUAUAGUACAGAGUUCAAGUCCACGAGAGAUCGCGCGCUCUCACUCUCAUACACCAGCCUGUUCCCGUUGUUCGGGGAAUUGAAAUUGUAAUUGGUUUCGCUGCCACGGCCGUCGAAGAAAGAAGUCUUUCCUUUCCUCUCAGUGUGAACGCGUGUAAUUCACCGCGAAAGCGCUUUCAAAAGUUUGGCAAAAGUGCGAAUUUUCCGCGGCGAUCCAAGUGUGCCAGGUGUGUGUUUGGUGGUUGGGCUAAAAUGUGACGUUUGUUUGUGGCUGAAAAUUGGAAUGAAAAAAAGUUGAUCAACUUCUCGACUCUUCAAAGCUAAAUUUCAAGUGUGUACAUAUAAAAUUCCAGCUUUUUCCUUACAAAAAUUGCGUGGUGGUGUGGUUCCUGUUAUCAGCGCGCUUGUUAAAAUAGUGUGUGUGUGUUGCGAGUGUUUGUGCACUCUGGUGAUAGAUAAAAAUACAGCCAAUUAUCACCUCGCGCAGUUCGCGGGCACUUCACCGUUCCGUUCUCGACAAGUGUUGGAGGCCACUCGCCGCGGAGAGUUUCGUACCUGGCCUGGGUCUGACGCGAGAAGCAGCAGCAGCAGUAGCAGAGAGAGAACCAGCAAAUGAUGAGGUGUUCGGCUUCGUUAUCUGGCUAAAAAUUUCCCGAAAAAUCAGUGCACUGAAUUUUACCGUUUUUCACCCCCGAAAAGAAAAUCAAAGGAAAAAGAUUAAUCCACACGUAGUGUGUGCGAGUGUGUACAGUGGUUUGGUGUGUGUGUGUUUUGUGUGAUUAAGUUGCGAGCAACAAAAAAAAUCUGGAUUAAUUUGUAAAAUCUUUCACAUCCGGUUCCGGGAUUUCCAACCAACGAACGCACCCUAAUAUCUUCCACGUGUGCGAGCAACAAAAAAAUCUAACCAAAUGCCUUUGUUCAACAAAAAGAGUGCGAAAAUCUCCAACCCAUCCCCCCCUAUGACGAAAGAUCCCCACAACCAGCACCACCAGCAGCUGGGUCACCACCACUACGACAACAACAACUACUACAACGGGAAGAACCCACCAACGGAGAUGCCGACCGCUCCCCACAUCGACGAUCUGAGCGGAAACGGAAACGUUACCAAACCGACGCUCGUCUUCAACUGCCAGCUCGCCCAUGGCAGUCCGACCGGAUUCAUUACGGGCUUCGCGAGCGUCAAGGAGCUGUACCAGAAAAUUUCCGAAUGCUACGACUUCUCCAUGGACGAGAUUCUGUUCUGCACGCUGAACUCGCACAAGGUCGACAUGAGCAACCUGCUGGGCGGACAGAUCGGCCUGAACGAUUUCAUCUUUGCACACAAAAAGGGCCGCCCGAAGGAGGUGGAAAUCGUCAAGUCGGAGGACGCCCUUGGGCUGACCAUCACUGAUAACGGCGCCGGCUACGCGUUCAUCAAGCGGAUCAAAAGUGGCAGCGUGAUUGACCGGAUUCCCCACAUACAGGUCGGUGACCACAUCGAGAAGCUGGACGGGGUGAACGUGGUCGGCAAACGGCACUACGAGGUGGCCCGCAUGCUCAAGGACAUUCCGACCGGGUCGACCUUCACGAUCCGGCUGGUGGAGCCCAUGAAGAGUGGCUUCCAGGGCAUUGCGCCACGCAACAAGGGCGGUGCCAAGCAGACGAAGCAGGGCUACGGCAGUGGCAAGGAAACGCUUAGGUUUAAGUCCAACGGGAAUGCAGCCAUCGAGGACGAGCACGACGAUGCAACUCAGUGUGGAAUAGAUGCCAUCAAUUCACUGCUAGAUUCGUUUAUGGGAAUCAACGACACGGAACUAGCGACGCAAAUCUGGGACCUCGGUAGCAAUAAAACCAACUCGAUGGACUUUGCCGAGGCGAUCGAUGCGUCCGACCUGGAGGCGUUCGGAUUCACCGACGACUUUAUCAUCGAACUGUGGGGAGCGGUCACCGAUGCCCGGCAGGGUCGUCAUAAAAGAUGAGACGGUGCCAAUCGAAGAUCGAGUCGAUGAAGCCUGUUGAUACUGAUGCAACAACAACAAUGAAAAAAAAAUGGAAAGCAAAGCAAAACAUUCCCCCCACACACUCCUAAGCAAACAAAAAAAAAAAGAAGCAAUACCACAAACAAGCAGAGAGAGAAAAUAAAAUAUGAUAACACAUAAAAAAGGCCAGAGGCACUUACAGUCAAUACAGUGCACUGUGUCCAAAUUAAUUACCCGCAAAAAAAGAGCUAUUUAUGAUCGAUUGUUGACCCCCCUCGGCCGAGAGGCGCAAGUGCUUCUUCGCGUCUUCGAUAAUAGCAUUUACAAUUUUCGUUAUGUUAAUAAGUGCGUCGUGUUUGUUACGAUGCGGGGAUGCGGACCAAAUGUGUGACGCGACGGUUCGGUCACAUAUGCCUUAUUGGAAAUUAUACUUAUGAUGAUGAUCAAGCAAACGAGCAAAUCAAUUUUCUUUACAGUAGCAGGUAGCAAGAAGAAAGCAAAGUGGGGCAGAAACGCGCGCGCGGAAGUGAUAUAAGUAAUUUUAACUAAUCGUAAUCGUAGUUUCAAGUGAAGAAAAAAACGAAAAAAAAGAAACAAGUGUACUUAUGCCGAAUUGUAUUUAGUGAAGCAAGGAAAAAAAGAAGCAAUCUUUUCAUUUAAGGGGAAAAUCAAGUCAUUCAGAAGAGAAAGAGAUAUUUUAGCUAAAAAAACGGAUUGAACAAAAGGCUUUUUUUGUAUACUUAGGAAACCCGAUAAGAUAAAAAUAUAAUAUAC